AUGGAUAACACAUACAAACCACGAAUCAAGGACCUUCCCGAAGACGAACGUCCACGCGAGAGACUCCGCAAAUACGGCCCGGAAAACCUGAAAGAUUCUGACCUUUUAGCCAUCAUCCUCAAGAGUGGCUUCAAAGGAACAACUGCUAUUCAACUCGGUGAGCAGAUUCUUGUGGCGUUUGAAGGGGAUCUAAAACGGAUGGCUGAUAACAAAUCCAAGCAAUAUGAGAAGAUUAAAGGGGUUGGUGAAGCGAAAGCAGCACAAAUCGUUGCAGCGUUUGAACUUGGAAAGCGAUUGGCACGUUUCCACGCCGAGCGGGAUAAGAUUACCUCACCCAGCGAUGUCGCCGACCUGAUGAUGUCUAAAAUGCGCUACCUACAGAAGGAAAUUGUCUGCGUCUUAUGUCUUGAUACCAAAGGCGGUGUGACAACCAAAGAAGCAACAGUCUUUGAAGGGACGCUAAACGCCAGCGUCUUCCACCCACGCGAAAUUUUUCGAUUCGCGAUUGAGGAAUCCGCAAAUUCAAUCGUCCUCGUCCAUAACCAUCCAUCUGGUGACCCCCAACCGAGUCAGGAAGACAUCCGGGCAACAAAACAAUUGAUUGAGGCUGGCAAUCAAAUCGGGAUUAAAGUAUUAGAUCACAUCGUCAUCGGCGACGGGAUCUUUGUCAGUCUAAAGGAAGAGGGAUUUAUUUGA